UGUAUUGUUUGAAUCUUUGCAUCCUAAUUAGAUGUGGCAAUUUUCUUUAGAAUUUCGAUGAUUCCACUUGAAGUGAAAUAUUAGUUUGUUGCGUUGUUUAUCCGAUAAUGAUUUUUCUCGUAUAAAUACGCCACGGGAAUUUUAUUUUUCAACAGUCUGCGCGACCCAAGUGCUUAUGUUAUUCACAAUGAACUUCAAGGUGUGUGUUACCAUUCUGGGAACAUUUUUAGCUGUCCAGGCUAGUAACCAAUCUCCAGCCUUAACAGGCACCACUAAGGAUAUAAUCGUUCAAGUACUGGAUGAGGUUCUAGCAGUAGUGAGUGAACGUCUGGCCAAUGCGAGCGCUGUGGUUGACAAUCUUCAAAGUAAUCCUGAUCAAAUCCAAACCAAAAUUGUUGACGAAGUACAGGCAGUGGUAAAAACGCUCAAUAGCGAAGUCGUGGAUGUUUUGAACAAAGUGAGAAAUAACGCCUCAGAUGGAGGUAAAGCGAUCAUCGAUUGCGUAUUAGCUGAAGACGAUCCAGCUGAAGCAAUUAUUGAAGAUGCAACAGCCAGCUUUGGAGCAUGCAUUUCUAAUGACACCAGCGUAGUUCUGGCUGCUAUUAGUGAUGGUCUGGAUCAAUUAACGCAGCUGGUUGCUGAUAUUCAGGCUCCUGUGAAUACUUUAAGUAGCUGCUCGAGUUCAGACACGAUUUGUCUUUUGAGUUUUGCCACCUCUGAAGUUGCAGUACUAAAAACUGUUCCUGACUUGGUCCAAGAGUAUAUUGCUCAGUGGAAAAAAAUAUAUAGUACAAUUUCCGCCGAUGCAACAGAAUGUGCUGCAAGUGCGCGCAGUGAGUACAAGUCGCAAAUUAUGGCAGUUUUCGAAGACAGUGUUCAAUGUAUUUUGAAUAUUAAAAGCAACUAGGUCAAAGAAUGUUUGUGAUAUUUAAGUUAUUUAAUACAUUUGUUUUAUUAUAAA